AAUGCGUACUUUAAAUGUUUGAUUUCUUCAACCUAGAUAAUGCAACACAGAAAUGAAAUUAACCUAGCUCUGGAUGCACAUCAUCCAGCCAGAUAAAAUUUUGUGUUUCUUCUCUUACUCACUUCCCGUGAGACACUUACAACUUAGUACUUAGCCCCCACACACUUUGAGAUAUCUAGAUCUCCAGCAUCUCUAUGUAACCACCUUCCCCAUGAAUCUCUCCUAUAUUUUAGUUUUAAUUUUGGUUUUGGUUUGCUGCAUGGAAGAAAUUAUGGUCACGCCGAGCAGGAAGCGGAGUUUCCAAAGAGAACAAUAAUCAACCAGUGUUUUGCUUCUGCUUGCUGCUUUCCAUUCUACCAGUUUUUGUUUUUUGUUUUUAUUAUUAAUUGAUCAAUUGAGCAUAAACAAAUUCUUCGAUCCCCUUGACAGUUACUGAGUUGUUACAUGCUUCAUCUAGGUUCAACUGUGAAGAUGCUCCUUCCAGCGAGGAAAAGGUCGAAAUUGAACAAAGUUGUGACCUUUAUCAGGAAAUUGGUCUUCUGAGACCACCCUGAAAUAGUCCCAGUCAACAAUUUUGAUUAUUUUCCCUAUUUCUUUGCCUUUUUCAGUGAGGAUUGGAGUGGGAGAGUGAAUGGAGGUUGGGGAAAUGGACAGAAAGGAGCCACAAGUUGAGGUUCCUUGGAGCCCCGGCACCCCUAUUAAGGCCGUUCCUAUGAAACCAAUGCCGAUCUGCUCGCCUGGGGAGAGAAAUCAAAUGGGUCAUCAUGCAAAUGGAGCAGUUGCAUGUGAUGAAUUUUCACACGGCCAAGACAAAAUUGGUGGGUUAGGUGAUGGGUCAAAUGUUGCCACUGACGGUGGCAAAACUUGUGAACCGACAGAUUCGGAUGCUGUUUCCAACUAUAGCAAACUUGGGUUUUGUGAACAAUUGUUUGCGGUUGAGGCUGAAUCGAGGAACUCUAGUGUGACACAAGGGAAUAAUGAUGGAUUGAAGAAUCCUUUUGUUCCUUCAUUCAUCCUUGACAAUGUCCAAGACCCUCAGGAAUCAUACAUUGCUUGCUGUAGCAUGAAAACUUCACAGGAUACCCUAUUUACACUUGACAAUGCCAACAAAGAAGGCAUAAAAAUAGCAUCAAUGCAAGUCAAUAUGGAAGAAAAGGAUCCAGGAGGGGAAGAGAGAAAUGCCCCUGCCAAUAAGCUUGACAAUAAUGUACCGCCAAACAGCAAAGAACUCUGUGACCCUGCAAUGGAAUUUGCUGCUGUUUCUUCACCAUUGAAAGAGAAUCACAACCCAGAUAAGGGAAGCAGUCAUGAUACUGAUCUUAAUAAAACACCACAACAAAAACCAAGGAGAAGAAAGCACCGUCCCAAGGUCAUCAAAGAAGGCAAACCCAAAAGAACUCGGAAGCCUGCUACCCCAAAGCCUGUUCAACCAAAAGAAAACACACCUGUCAAGAGGAAGUAUGUGAGAAAGAAUACAGUGAACAAGACUUCUACUCCUCCUACCGAAGAGGCUAGGGAAUUGAGUAAAGAAAUGUCUCGUAAAAGGUCCUUAAAUUUCGACAUAGGAACAACAGAUGAAAGUUCUGCUGCCAUAGAUAAUACAACUGCACUAUUGGGAAAAGAAAAUGGUAUUCUCGUUCAAGAAACAAAUGUAGGUUCUGCAUUUGAUCUAAACACGUCCAUGAAGCAGGCAUCAAACAGUUACAUGUCACUACCAGAAGACAAACAAGCCCUUAAUACAUCUCCUUCGAGAAGAAAAAGCUCAGGGACAAAGCCAGAGGAAAACACGCCUCCCAAGAGGAAGUAUGUGAGAAGGAAAGGAGUGAACAAGACUUCUGCUCCUCCAAUAGAAGUUCCUGGAAAUUUGACUAAAGAAACAAUGUCUGCAUCUGCCCAAACAUCAUGCACAGAGUCCAUAUUUGAUGAAAGAGCAAGAGAUCAAAGUUAUACAGUCAAAGAGAAUCCAACUGGGCAUCCAGGCAGUGAAAUUGGUGUACUCAUGAAGGAAAUGAAUGUGGGCCUUGCCUAUGAUUUAAACACUUCCAGGAAGCAGGCAUUAAAUGAUGACGCGACAUUACCUAAGGACACACAAGCCCCAAGUUCAUCUUCAAAAAUCAAUCUCCCUGGGACAAAGAGAAAAGAAAACCUGACUGGCAAGAGGAAGAAUGCGGGGAAAAAAGGAUCAAAUCCGUCUCCUAUUCCUCCAACAGAAAUUACAGAAUUGACUGAAGCAAGGAUGCUUGAAUCUAACAUGUCAUGGAGAAGAUCCUUAAAUUUGGAUAUGGGAAAUGUAGGCAGAGAAAAUUUGGAUUUGCACACAGGGAAGGAAAAUCUGGUGUUAGAGGAAAGAAUAGUAGGUCCCACCUAUAAAGACACUUGGUUGAAAGAGGCAGUAAAUAUUUGCAUGUCAUUACCUGAGGAAACACGACGCCCAAGUACAUCUAUUUCAAAAUGCACUUCUGCUGGGUCAAAGCUGAAUGCCAACUCUGUAGAGAAGAAAAACAAAAAAGGCCGGGCAACUGCUCGGGGUGGAAACAUCAGUAAUAGUCAAAGUUCAUCAAUAAGGUCACAAAUGGUUGGUUCAAAGAGAAAACAUUCUGGCACCUUUAAUCGUGCAGAUGACAGCAGCAUGAAUCUGAUUGGAGUGCAAUAUAAUGGACUGCCCUCAUACCAAACUAGCAUUUGCCUUCAGUUUCCAAAAAUACAGAAGAAAAGAACUGAAACGGGGAAUGCAACAAAAGAAGUCCAACAGACAUGCCCUCAGGAAGAUGCUCUAGGACAUCCAUAUGCAUCAAGCUCCAGCUGCUGGACUUAUGGUUCUGGAUAUAAUACAGCUAGAGUCCCAGCCACAAGUGGAUCGACAGAAAAAUUAAAAAUUGAUAAUACUCAAACAUUCAAUGAGUUCGUCUUGUCUUUGAAAAGGCUGGCAGAAAGAUCUCAAACCUCUACUUGUGAUCAUGGUUCUCUAACCAGAAUUAGAAACUGUGAUACUGAACCAAAUUAUACUGCAAAACAAGUAGGCGUCUCUGGCAGAGAAACAUUUGGGGAUGCAAUUGGUGCUUUAGUUGCAGAGACAUGUACACCACCCACAAAAAAGAAGCGGAAUAGAAAGAAAAGUGUUCCUUCCAGUUCAGCACAUUCUACCACAAAUGAGAUGCUACAGAACCAUAAUUUUACAUUGGAAAAUUACCCUCUGCCAAUGGGGAAGCCAUCAGACAUUGUUCCUGAAGUACUAUGGAACACCAUGAACAAUAUUGAUGCAUUAACAUUGCAAUUUAGACAACUAAACUUAAACACAGAAGUCAGAGACCUUGCAUUUCAUGAGCAGAAUGCACUUGUCCCUUAUAAACAGCAAAACAGCCUUAUCCAUGGAGAUGGGGUCAUCGUUCCCUUUCACAUUAAGAAACAGCAUCUACGACCAAAGGUCGACCUUGAUGAUGAGACUGAUAGAGUGUGGAAGCUUUUGCUGUUAGAUAUAAACAGUCAUGGGAUUGAUGGAACAGAUGAAGAUAAGGCAAAGUGGUGGGAAGAAGAACGAAAUGUGUUUCGAGGACGAGCCGACUCUUUUAUUGCACGAAUGCAUCUUGUACAAGGAGACAGACGAUUUUCUCGAUGGAAAGGAUCAGUUGUGGAUUCAGUGGUUGGAGUUUUCCUCACCCAAAAUGUCACUGACCAUCUUUCCAGCUCUGCAUUCAUGUCCCUUGCUGCUCGAUUUCCCAAAAUUUCAAGCAGCAUGUGCAAAACACACCAUGCAGAAGACACAAGACUGGUAGUCAACAAACCACAAGUGCAUAUAGUGGAACCGGAAGAGAGCACUGAAUGGGAUGUAAAAUUAUUGAAUCAAUCUGUUUAUGACCAGCCUUCUCCAACAAUAGAUAUAGUUGAGCAUUCUCGAGAAAAAGAAGCCUUCAACAGCAAUGAAUCCUGUGGAACUACCAGCAGUGUAAUUAGCUUAACAGAUGAAUCAAACUCCAGAUUGUCAGAAUUACCUCAAAAGAAUAUUAAGGAACACUGUAGUCCAAUGAGAAGUGGACUACUUAGUGCUUCAAUUGAGGAAGGAGAAGAAAAAUCAUGUUACGAUGGUGAUAGGAAAGAGUUAAAUGACAUAGUUUCAUCCCAAGGCUCUGUUAUUUCAUCUCAAAUAUCUGGAGAUUUUUCAAAUGAUCAAAAUCCUGAGAAAAUAGGAUCAUGCUCAGAUAGCAACUCAGAAGUAGAAGUUUUGUCCAGCACAGCAAAGUACAACCAUUUUGGUAGCAACACUUCCUUCAGUAAACUCCUCGAAAUGGUUAGUUCAACCAAGUUUUAUGCAGAUAACAGUCAAAAAAGCGAAUCAAUUGAGAACUUAAGAGAUGCAUAUGAUCAACAUAUACACAGGCAGCAUAACAACACAAUAGAAAGCUUGAAAAAAUCAAGUGCUACUCAGGGCUCUGCAGAAGCAUCCAUCAUCCUAUCUGAUGAAUAUACUUUGAAACUCGCCCCCAACUUAGGAAUGCUUGAUGUUAACUGCUUUGAUCCUUUCAAAACAGAAGCAUCAACAAGUGACUUCUUAAAAAAAAAGGAUGAAAAUAGCAUGAACAGAUCUAGUCUUCAAACAACAGAACCUGGAGGCCAAGUUGCAACUACCCAUUCUCAAAGUAUUGUAUCUCAAGUCCAUCCUCAGGAACAAAGCAAUCACCAGCAGCAAAGUUUUUUCAACAUUUCUGGACAAACUCAAGAUCUUAUGCAGAAAGGAAGGGGGUCAGAUCUUGGUGAGCAAAAAAAUGCCAUGAGGAAUGGAACCAAUGAGAUAAGUUCUGCCCCAAUAAAAUUUAAGAGCAAGGAACAAGAAAAAGAGAAAAAGGAUGAUUUUGACUGGGAUAGUUUAAGAAUUGAAGCACAGGCUAAGGCUGGGAAAAGAGAAAAGACAGAUAACACCAUGGAUUCUUUGGACUGGGAUGCUGUGAGAUGUGCAGAUGUCAGUGAAAUCGCUGAGACCAUCAAAGAACGGGGCAUGAACAACAGGCUUGCAGAUCGUAUUAAGAAUUUCUUAAAUCGAUUGGUUGAAGAACAUGGAAGCAUUGACCUUGAAUGGCUUAGAGACGUUCCACCUGACAAAGCAAAAGAAUACUUGCUCAGCAUAAGAGGAUUGGGACUAAAAAGUGUGGAAUGUGUGCGGCUUUUAACACUGCACCAUCUUGCCUUCCCGGUAGACACAAAUGUCGGACGUAUAGCAGUACGACUGGGAUGGGUCCCUCUACAGCCACUGCCUGAGUCACUGCAGUUGCAUCUCCUAGAAUUGUACCCAGUGUUGGAGUCAAUACAAAAAUAUCUCUGGCCUCGACUAUGCAAGCUAGAUCAGGAAACACUAUAUGAGCUACAUUACCAGAUGAUUACAUUUGGAAAGGUCUUCUGUACAAAAAGCAAACCAAAUUGUAAUGCAUGCCCAAUGAGAGGAGAAUGUAGACACUUCGCUAGUGCAUUUGCAAGUGCAAGGCUUGCACUGCCUGGACCAGAGCAGAAGAGUAUAGUUAGCACAACUGGAAAUAGUGUGAUUGACCAGAACCCAUCUGAAAUCAUCAGUCAGUUGCACUUGCCUCCCCCUGAGAGCACGGCCCAAGCAGAUGAUAUUCAACUAACAGAAGUGAGCAGACAGUUGGAAUCAAAAUCUGAAAUAAAUAUUUGCCAACCUAUCAUUGAAGAGCCCACAACUCCAGAGCCAGAAUGCUUGCAAGUAUCACAAACUGAUAUAGAGGAUGCUUUCUAUGAGGAUUUAUGUGAAAUUCCAACCAUCAAUCUUAACAUAGAAGAGUUCACUAUGAAUUUACAAAAUUACAUGCAAGAAAAAAUGGAACUUCAAGAAGCUGAAAUGUCAAAGGCAUUGGUUGCUUUGAAUCCAGAAGCUGCUUCCAUUCCUAUGCCCAAGCUAAAGAAUGUGAGCCGAUUACGAACAGAGCAUUGUGUUUAUGAACUCCCAGAUACGCAUCCUCUUCUCCAAGGGUGGGACACACGAGAGCCUGAUGAUCCAGGCAAAUAUCUUCUUGCUAUAUGGACUCCAGGUGAGACAGCAAAUUCUAUACAGCCACCAGAAAGCAAAUGCAGCUCUCAAGAAGAAUGUGGCCAACUCUGUAAUGAGAAUGAAUGUUUCUCGUGCAACAGUUUCCGUGAAGCAAAUUCUCAGAUAGUUAGAGGGACACUCCUGAUACCAUGUCGAACAGCUACACGGGGGAGCUUUCCACUGAAUGGCACCUAUUUCCAAGUCAAUGAGGUAUUUGCUGACCAUGACUCAAGUCUCAACCCAAUUAGUGUGCCUCGAAGUUGGAUCUGGAACCUCAACAGGCGAACAGUAUAUUUUGGAACCUCCGUAACAACAAUAUUUAAAGGUUUAACAACACAAGAAAUUCAACAAUGCUUUUGGAGAGGGUAUGUCUGUGUGCGGGGGUUUGACAGGGAAGCACGAGCACCCCGUCCUCUGAUGGCUAGACUACAUUUCCCAGCUAGCAAGUUGGCCAAGACAAAAGAGAGGACAAAAAAGGAGUCGAGUUCAACGGCAAAAUCACGGGGAUCGAAACCAAAUCCAGAACAGCCGGAAUUGAUUGCCAACAGUAGCAACCUUCUACAGACGGGAAGAGACUGAAGACAAAUCAGCAUUUUUCAUCCCAUGCUGUGUUGCCCAGUUGCAUGUAUAAAAUGACAAAGUCAUUUUUUAAUUUAACUUUGAGUUCUUUUUAUCAUGCUCAGAGACUGAGCAGUUUUCCAGAUUAGGACCCAACAAUAAUAAUGUACUAUUGGUAGCACUUAGGCUUUAGUUUCUUGUUUCCAAAAGGAAAAUUAUGUGAAGGGGAGUGUGAGCCAUGUAAUGCCACAUGAGAGGAAUUGGGGCUACUUGCAUAACAGCAAAGUACUUUUUCCCCCAACUCCUACAGAGAUACACUUGGAAUAUUUUAGAUUUAAAUACCAUGCCCCCCUCACUUCACCUUCA